AUGGCAGUUCCGAGGAAAUGCUUCAUCUUAUUUUUGAUGUUUGCAUUGUCAAUCUCGAGCUUUGAGAUGAGCUUUGCAGCUCGACACCUUCUACAAACGCUUCCUCCUCUUCCGUCACUGCCUAAAACAAGCAUCCCCCCAAUGCCAUCUAUCCCCACCCUGCCUCAACCCACGGCAUUGCCACCAUUAUCAAACCCAAAUAUUCCACAAAUGCCAUCCAAUUCAGUCCCCUCGACUCUUCCUCAACCCACUGCAUUGCCACCAACAUCAACGCCAAAUAUUCCACCAAUGCCUGCAGUGCCGACACUUCCUCAGCCUGGUGCACUGCCACCGUUAUCAAAGCCAACUAUCCCACAAAUCCCAGCAAUCCCAAACCUGCAACAAGCGACUUUACCACCACAGCCGUCUAAUCCUCUUACCAUGAUUCCGACUGCCACAAAUCUACCUAAGCCUACAGCUCUACCACCAUUGCCAUCUCUACCAACAACUCCAAAGCUCACGUUACCUCCUCUUCCAGCUAUGCCCACUACUGCGGUUAACUUCCCAACUAUACCUUCUCUAACACCACCACCAUCCCAGUAA